GCAUGUGUAAAAUGGUCUCAUAAAAUGAGCAGGGCCGCCUCCUUGAAACCACCUGCCUCAAUUGCCAUUGAGUCUCUUGGUAAUCACCCCAAAAUCACAAACCAAAUGUCAUCAACCUGUGCACUGGCUUCUGGAAAGAAGACGAAAAAGUCUCCGAGCAACGCGUCGAAAAACAAAAGAAAAUCUUCAAAUGCAAAUAGCAAUAGUUCAAACAGUUCUCUGAGUGAAAAAAGAAGCUGGAGUCAAGGAGCAAAAAACAGAAAAGCGCUACCUAUUACAUCUGGUCCAAUUCAAGCUCUAGGAGAUAGGGUGUUUAAUGAGCAACCAGCAGAGCAAAAAUGUUUUGAUUUGAAUAGUAAUCAAAUGCUGAGUGAAUAUUGGGAGAUGAGCUUAGGGCCUGAAGGUCAAAUUUCGGCCCCAGAGCGUAGCUCGAGUCUAAAUAAAUGUGCGGUUUUAUUGGCUAACAUUCUUGGAGACGAAGCAAGUGACGUAAUCAUGAAUAGCACUAGUUUGAGUGAUGAAGACUUUCAGAAUAGAAAUCACAGACGCGAGUCAGAAGUCGGAAGUCAUCAGACGACAGAAAGCAACGAUGCAUUUUAUAAUCCUCUGAAUUUCGAUUCACAACUUACAUCGCCUGACAUGGGUUUGAACAAACGGGCUGAAUCAUCAAGUGGGUACCUGGAGAAUGUGAAAAGAGUAUCGAAAUUAGAAGAAAAAUUAAAGCGAAGUGGGUGUUAUGGUAAUAAUUCACUCUCUGGGAAUAAUAAUCAGCAGUACAACUCGGUUUUUCCCAGAAACCUUAACAGUACAGAGUUGAGUUAUGCAAGGAAUGGUGACGCUUUUUCGGGAAAUUUCACAAAGCAGCUGCGCAAUAUUAUUCAACAUCGGGAAGCGAGUGAAUCACAGUCUCCGAUUAAAGAAGCAAACCGAGGAGAUUCGGCGGAUAUGUCUAGUAUCAGUCAAGUUCUCUUGACGCCUGAACAAAUUAGAAGGCCAACUACCAUCGCAAAACAGCCAAAUAAUUCUCAUUUAUUCCACGACGCUUCAAUACGGGCCAAAACAUCGGCAACUCAUUACGAGAACGAAAGCUUGGUCUAUUCGGAAUCACUGGCAACAUCUACUCCGAGGAACAACAGAUCGUUCUCGGACGACUAUCAAAACUUACCGCAGCCUGGAAAGAUGGAGUUGCAUCAACAGCAGCAGCAGCCUGAAAUUUCAGACCCACUGACCAAAGAAAUAGAGGUAGCGAGUAGCAGUUUAAAUAACAAUAGCUUGACAGAUGCAGGUCAAAAUGAAGCGACUAAUGCUGUUGCAUGCGCUAGUUUGGAAACAGACAAAAAUAAUGAGUCGAAAAAUGAAGUUGAAGAUGACGAUGCGUCUACAGUCCUCCUUUUGAAGACUCUAAAUGAAGAUAAAAGUUUGACGCUGGAGCAGAAGUUGAGCCUGAUUACAACUGCUGGUCAAGUCAGCCUGAAAAAUGCAGGUGAAAAAGCAAAUAAAAAUUCAGACGGCAUUGAGAAUGAAAAUAAUGGAACCAACGAACUCGUAGGUUCUUGCGGUGACACUGAGAAAAUGUUGCGUGAAACGCUAUCAAAACUAACUUCGCAAGCUGUAAAACCGCAAACUAAAAACGUGCAAUCAGUUCCAAAGCAGCCAGCGCAAUUAAAAAACAAAAUUGUAAACAACAGUUUGCUGCAGUCUGAUGCCUUAAGGCAGAGAAAAUUGGAGACUAUCAAAGAGCAACUAGGCGUGGUGAACGAUAUUUUCGCUGAUAUCAAAAACAUUGCUGGUAAGAAAAAAGAUAAAGAACUGAACCACGCCAUAGAAGAGCUAGAAGCUGCUGUUAGUGUACUACCAAGCAUAGUUGACAAGAAAAUUUUUGACAACGAGCUGAAGUUUACUGUUGAGCCUCUAAGUGAAAGAGUUGUUUUAUUAGAGGGUGAAUUGGCGGGAUCGAAAGCACGCUUGGAAGCUAUGGAAAAAUUGCAUAAAGAGUCGUUGGAAACGAAACAAAAAGAGAUAACGAGUUUGAAGGAUAAUUUCAACCAACAAAUGGCUAACGAAAAGUUACAAGCAAAUAAACUGCGAUCGGCGAAGCUUUCUGUUGAAAAUGACAAUCAAAAAUUGGAAGAGGAGGUGCAAAAUUUGAGAACAGAGCUAAAAGCCCAAAGAAAGAAACUAGAAGACUGCUCGGGUGGUUUCAGUGAUGAAAUCAAAGAGAUAAGAUCAGAAAUUACCUCUGCUUUGAGCGAAGUUCAAAGACAAAAAUCAAAACUAGCUAGCGCUGAAAGACAAAACCAAGAACUGCAAUGGAGUGUAGAAGCGAAAAAUGACGAAAUUAAGACGUUCGAAGACUUGGCUAAAAAGCAACAUGGCAGUAUGAGUGAGUUGCUGAAAGAGCUUUCGUUUACGAGAAGCUCGCUGCACCAACAGAAAUCGUUAGCCAACACCCUCGCUCAAGAAGUUGCAAGUUUGAAAGUGGAAAAGGGGAAAUCUCCAAUUGAUCCAUCUAACAUUCAGUCACGUUUUUCAAACGUGUAUGCGUUUUCAGAAUCCAAUCAAAUUCAACAAGGAAUGUCGGUGGAGAAUCAAACAUCCAGCCCUGCCAGAAUUGAUAGCCAAGGUGGAAACAACCAGACAAAUUCGUACAGUGUGAAUGGUUUCAUGCCGAAGACAGAUCAGGAAUACAUAGUAGCACAUGCUGCUAAUUUAAAUUUCAAGCAACCGCCAAAUUCAAAUUCUGCAAAUAAAGCAGGAGUGAAUUCAAACAGGGCAAAAGAAGUUUCGGCUCAUUCACCUGGCUCGAAUUUGACAGCCGCUAAAAACCAGCAAGAGAACCACGGGAUGCAAGGCAUCACAGUCAAUGUUACCGAUGAUGAUGACAACAACCACAGGGACGAUAAUAAUCAGAUGAAUUCAAAUGACGAGAGAAAUAGUGUUUCGUAUGGAAACGGGAAUAAAAAUACUACUAGCAACGUGCCGACAAUAUCAAUACAACUCCAACAAGAGUCUCCGGAUCUUCCGAGUUCGAGAUCAUGCGGAACAUCGUCCUCGUCUCGUCUAUCGGAGCCGAAAGAUUUGGAGCUCUCAUUUGAUACCAAUUCGUAUUCUAACUUCCACAUUCCUUCUGACGGUGAAAAUGACACCCCGAGAAACCAACCUAAUUUGGCUCGACUUGAAAUGUACAACUCACCUUCAAGUAGUGGAAAUUCCUAUACAACACAAAUACCAAAUCUUGGACCAAAUCAACCGUUUAAUGGCCAUUUACCUCCGUAUUUAACAGAACAGUUCAUCAAUGCGAUGAAAAUUGGAUGGCCACAGCAGCACGUAUUAGUCUCAAAAAGCACACCCGAACUUAAUUUUGUUUCAAUACCCAUGGGUGGAUCUCAUUACGCUGUGCCAAAUGGUUACCCCUUCAAUAAUCCUUCUUUUCAACAGCCAGAUUUGACCAACUUCCAACAUUUUAAAUCGUAUACGGUCAGUUAUCCUUCAAACGGUAGCCAUCAAAUGAAUGGUUCUGAUAUUUCAACGAGCGAAGACAUUUCAGUUGAGUCGAUAGAGCAAGCUGACCGAUUAAAGAACCCUUAUACGCGGUCCGUUCCUUUGCUAGAUUUCAGUACCUUGUCAAACACCUCGUCGGCAAUUCCGUCUGCCAAAAGUGAAUCUAAAUUCCAAGAGGGCAUUAAGAUGCUAGACGCAGAUAUUCAGAAGCUACAAAAUAGCAUUCAGCAGCUGUUUGCAGUCGGAAACAAGGAUUGAAAUUUUUUGAAGUUUUUAUCCGUUACACUCUCAUUUGCGUACAUUCACUCACUUUUAGUUUUGUAGUUUUAUUCUGAAUGUAAAUGGUGUACAAAGUAUGUAAAUAUUUGUUAGGUGUUAUUUAAUAAAUGGGCCAACCAUGAAGUCGUUUUUUAACAAUGCCAUGAAACAGACCCAGGUUGGUCCCGGAUAGAUAUAUACAAAAUAACGGAUCCCGGAUAAUUUUGGCAAGUUUUUUUUCCGUCUAGUUUAAUUCGAAGCAGAAUCACUUACUUGACUAACCAACUGGACGGAUACUUCAAUUCGUUCUGAUCGAAAAAAAACGAAGAACAGUCGGAUAUAACGGUGGAUGCUUUAUUUGCGGUUUUACGCGCAUUUCUUUUUCGGGAAAACAAAAACUGGUUUACUUUUAACGCCUUUAUUGCCAACCCCCGGAUGCUCAGCUGAACUAUUGCAAAUUUUGUGAAAUAUUAUUGCAAAAUAACAAAUCGCCAAAUUUGCUCUUAGAUAUUUUUACUUGUAAUCGGCUGUUUGAUAUUUUCUGUUUGAUAUUUUCACUUGUAAUCGGGACCUAGGCUUUUUUCCCGUAAACACUUCUUAAAUAUCUUUAGGAAACUGACCUUGCUGUAUCACGGAACAUCAGUAACUACCAAGUCUUCCUUUUUGUUCUAUUGGUAAACUGCGUGCCUAUUGUUUUAUUGGAUUUUUUUUAAGUUAUGUUAAUUUACUCUUUUAAAAGGAAGACGAAAUCCACUAUUAUUGUACAGGAAAAGUGUAAAGGCCACGAAAAACGUGAUCGACUUCCAAUUUAGAAGAUGGUGUUUAAUUAUCAGAUUUCCCAGCGAAAAAAAAAUUACGAAUGCGGACAAAACCACUGGUGACGUAGGUAAGCGCAGCGAAGCAAGCUAACGCUACUUGACUCUGCCGCAUUUGAUUUGAGCGGUGUGACUUGCAACAAUUUUUGAGACUGCUAAAAGAUAGUUCCACUGAAA